CAGGUGUGUGUGGCGAAAGGGAUGAUGUCAUUGUCUUGCUGAGUCACCUGGGAGACGGCCGCCUAGUGUAGCGUGGCCCGGAGAGAGAUAAAAGAGGAGGAGGAGGAGGAGGAGGCAGAAGGGCUGCCUUCAUCACUCGUGCUUUUCUCCCUGUGGAGGCGUCGGUGUGAGGAAGCAGGCCCAGCAGAGGAGGAAGAGGAGGCAUUGGAUUCCUGCUGUUUGUCAAGACCUGUGACCCCUGACCUCUGCGGUUAUUUCUGCUGUUCAAGAGGAGGAUGCGAGUUCACGGCUCAGCUGCACACAUUGCCGCGUGAACACACCUGCAACACUUGGAGAGGGAUGAGCCCUUAAACGGUUCGCAGUGUAAAGAAGAAAAACUUUGGAAGUUCACUCAUAGUUCCCUCAUCUCCUCAUAGUUUCUCGCAGUUUGUCUUUGAUCCACUUUCUUGCUCCUUUCUGCCGCCGGGAGACUUGAUUAUAUUUUAAAUUGGGUCCUCCCCUGUGGCGGCGGAAAUGUCUCUGUCUCCUUCGACACGAGAACGAAAGACAGGAAGUUGACUCCUGCUAGGAGCGAGGCCGAGAGACCAGGAAAGCGAGAAGAAAGAGGAGAGAGCCGGGAAAAUGUCGUGGAAACGGAACUACUUUGCGUCCGGUGGUGUCAGCGGCGUCGGCGGAACCGGCGCUGGCGGCAGCAAAGGUGGCGUUGGGAUGCAGGGGAUGUUGACGCCUCGCACCAUGACGUCCAUCGCUCCCAGUAAAGGGCUGAGCAACGAGCCGGGACAGAACAGCUGCUUCCUGAACAGCGCCCUGCAGGUCCUCUGGCACCUCGACAUCUUCAGGCGCAGUUUCCGUCAGCUGACCACUCACAAGUGCAUGGAGGAUUCGUGCAUCUUCUGCGCUCUGAAGAGUAUCUUUGCUCAGUUCCAGUACAGCAGUGAGAGAGUUCUGCCCUCCGACGCUCUUCGCAGCGCGCUCGCCAAAACCUUCCAGGACGAGCAGCGGUUUCAGCUCGGCAUCAUGGACGACGCCGCCGAGUGCUUUGAAAACAUCCUGAUGAGGAUUCACUUCCACAUUGCAGAAGAGACCAAAGAAGACAUCUGCACAGCCAGACACUGCAUCCCACACCAGAAGUUUGCCAUGACGCUGUUCGAACAGUGUGUGUGCAGCAGCUGCGGGGCGUCCUCGGACCCUUUACCUUUCAUUCAGAUGGUCCACUACAUCUCCACCACCUCUUUGUGUAACCAGGCAGUGAAGAUGCUGGAGACGAGGGAGAAAGCGACUCCCGGCAUGUUCGGGGAACUGCUGCGAAACGCCAGCAUGGGAGACCUGCGCAGCUGCCCCAGCCAGUGUGGCCAGCAGCUCAGGAUGGCUCGCGUCCUCCUCAACAGUCCGGAGAUCAUCACCAUCGGUCUGGUUUGGGACUCGGAGCAGUCGGACCUCGCAGAGGACGUCAUUCACACCCUGGGGACCUGCCUGCGUCUCGGGGAUUUGUUUUACAGGGUGACUGAGGAGAAGGCUCGUCAGUCCGAGCUCUACCUGGUCGGCAUGGUGUGUUACUACGGGAAACACUACUCCACCUUCUUUUUCCAGACAAAGAUCCGACGAUGGAUGUACUUUGAUGACGCACACGUCAAGGAGAUUGGUCCUAAGUGGAAGGACGUGGUUUCUCGCUGCAUCAAGGGCCACUACCAGCCUCUGCUGCUGCUGUACGCCGACCCGCGGGGAACGCCGGUGUCGGUCCAGGACCUGCCCCCGCGCUUCGACCUCCAUCACCUCAACAAGGCCUGUUACGACAGCGAGGACUCGGGCCGCGAGCAGUCGAUCUCCAGCGACACUCGCACCGAUUCGUCGACGGAGAGCUACUCGUCCCGACAGCCCUCCCACUCGCACCAUGAGUCCCUGGCCAGUCACUACUCCUCUGACUCCCAGGGAACCGUCGUCUGCACCGAGCGCCCGGAAGGAGCCCUGCACACUUCGCUCUGCAGCCUGGAUACCGUAGGCCACUUGACGGACGGUGAGCAGCACCAGUCUCUGAGGAAGGGAGGCGGGGCCGGGGAUAGGAGGCGGAGCUCUAGCCGCCACCGGCGAUCUAAACUCGACAACGAAGCCCCGUCGGCUGGUUACCACAGUGAGGGAGAGACUUUGAAGGAGCAACAGGUUCCUCGUCACCUCCCCAAACCUUCCUCCUCCUCCUCCUUCUCAUCCUCAACCAGUCGCCUCAGAGACUUCAAAGAGACCAUGAGCAACAUCAUCCACAGCCGACCCCUCUCCUCCUCGUCCUCCUCAUCUUUACCGGCUGCCGUCCUCUCCUCUGAAAUCCACUCCUCCGCCAACAACCACCUCUAUCCUGCCACCAUUUCACCUCCCUGCCCUCCCUCUAGUAAACCGCAUGACUGGGAGGCCGACAGCACCAGCAGCGAGUCCAAGUCCAGCUGCUCGGGCGGAGCCGGUCCUGGGAGGUACCGGCCAGCAUGGAGGCCCCGCAGGGAGGCGCUCAACAUCGACAGCAUCUUCAAUCGCGAGAGGCGGAGGCAGGCGGGGUACAGCCCGCUCGGAGCGUCACUGCUCGAGGACCGCGGGGCUCCGGGAGGAGGGGGAGAAAACUCCUCCUUCCCGGCCCAGGAGGACGCGAGCAACGUCGGGCCGGGCUCCUCCUGGACUCUUCCCACCACCUCCGCCACCCGUACAGGAGGUGGCAGUGUGCCUGGAAGUGGCAGGGGCAGUGAACGACAUGCAGACUUGCCUCCGCCUCCUCCCCCUCCUCCCAGGCUGAUUCAGAGGAUGGAGAGCGGAUAUGAGAGCAGCGAGAGGAACAGCAGCAGCCCAGUCAGCCUGGAACUGAACGUGGCCGACAGGGACUGCGUUGUGAAGAAGCCUUCUUCCUCUUCCUCAGGACCUGCAUGGAGGAACAUCAGGUCAAAGAGCAGUGGAGCAUUGCUGCAGGAACUCAGUUCCUCCAACAGGAGAGGCCUCGCAGCGACAUCCGUUGGCCGCAGCGAGCUGGACGACCUGCAGGAGGAGGUGCAGAGGAGAGCAAGGGAGGAGGAGCAGCAUCGCCGGCAGGAGAAGGAAAGGGAGGCGGCGCUCGGCUUCAACCCCCGACCCAGCAAAUACUUGGACCUGGACCAGCUACAGAUCGAAGGUAAAGGCGAUAGCUUUGAGAGAUGUGUGUCAGAGGCGGAGCUUCUGCUGGACCAGUCGGUGCGUCUGGAGCAGGCGGGCGAGGUCUCUGCCGUGCUGUCGGCCGUCAACGAAGCAGUCUCCAAACUGCAGCUGGUGGCAGUCAAGGGCGGAGCUAGUAAUCAAAGCCGGCUGCAACGCUGUAUGAGAAGAGCCCGCAGCCUGCAGCAACGCAUGCAACUGCAGCAGCAGGACUCCGAGGGAGUCAGACAGCAACCACAGCAGCAGCAGGAGGAGGAGGAGGGGCAGCAGCUGCAAGAACAGCCCAGUGAAAAGCCUCUCUCGCUCCAAAUACUUUUGACAGACAGACAAUCCAACCAGUCGGCCGCCAGUCAGGACCAUCCGGCCCCGCCUCUCUCUACCUGCCUUGUUAAGCCCCCCCAUCCCAAACCCAGCUCUGUGGCCCAUACAGGUUCACCCAGAGACAACAGCAUGACUGGAGGCCCCUGCUUUGUCUUUGGGAAACCCCUCACCAACACUAGGUCCCUCCCUGCCCUGUGCGUGGACAACUUGGAGGAGGGCCCCUUGGGAGACUUGGCCCCACCCCCUCAAUCUGAGGAGGCGGAGCAUCCUCCCCAAAGGACCAGAACGGCCCCUGUCUGCAUCCCAGUGAAGGCCCCGGCACCACCCCCACCCAGGCCAUACUCUCAAACCUCUUCACCUGUUGGCACCAAUGACGGGGGCCAUCCGAUGAUGGCGGAGUCGCCUCAUUCCACCCGACACCCACAUUGCAUGCCCCCCGCGGCCAGCCCCAGGGUAGCCCCGCUCCCAUCAUCCUACCCAGCCAGGAAUUGGUCCUGCUUGUAUUUGGACCCACGCGAUGUCGUCGAUUCCCCCGUUGACCCCCCAAUCAGCUCGCCUCUUUACUCAACUCAACUGGACUCCAAUUCCAAUGAUCUCCCUCUGUCAGCCGUGAGCUGGCCUGCCCCGCCCCCCUCUUCCCCGCCCCCCAGUCAGGACCACGUAGCGGCACUGCCCGUGGAGCGCUGGGCCCAAAACGUCAAUAGAUACUACGGCUCCCAGAAUGCAACAGGAGGAGGGGGAGAGGAUGCGCCCUGUGAGGAGCUGUCAGAGCUGGAGUCUCUGUACCAGGCCAGUCUGCUGGCUCCCAGCAUGCACCGGGGCAGCCGCGGAGUCAGUCCUCAACCAGCCAACAAUAAACCAGGUGUGAGGAGAAUGCUGUCAGGGUCUGGACGCUCCAAGACACCAACGGCUGAGAUUGAGAGAUCCGCCUACAGAACACCUGUUACAACUCAUCAGUUGGCUCGAGGUGAAGACGAGAGCUACAGUGCAGCAAACCUGCGACGCAUUGCACGCAGCCUGAGUGGAACCGCCAUGGGGUCACGACCCCAAAGUCCCAGCUCCUCCCACAGCUGUGAGCCCCCUAUGUCAAGGCCCCCCCUCAAACACUCUACCUCCUCCUCCUCCUCCUCCCUCCUCCGUCGCCCAAGCACCUCCUCCCUGCCCGUCCCCUCCUCUUCCUCAACCUCCUUCACCACAGACCACUCCUCCUCCUACCACCACCUCCCCCAACACCACCAACCCCGAAACCACGGCCCCCCAGCUCCUGCACCUCCUCCACAGCACCCUUCCUUGCAGACAUCACGGCCACCGAACCCGGGCCCCUCCUCCUGGGGACACUCAGGAGCUGGACCGAGUCUCCAGCAGCAGUUUGUGGUUGUGUCUGACAGGCAUCCGUCUCUCUCUGGUCAAAGCCUCCACAAUGUCGCGUUGAGUUACAGCACUCUGCCCCGGGCUCCUCGCCGAGCGCCUCCUCCUCCCUCCUCCUCCUCCACCGCCUCUCUCCCCAGGCCCAGAGCCGUCUCCGCUCCCGCCCCCCCGCUGCCAAGUCCACAGAGUCUCUACGCCACCCUUUCCCGCCCUCGGCGCUCUGCCACCGGUCACUACCAGCAACCAUCGCUGCCCAUUAAUCUCAACGGCUCCGCCCGCUACCCCCCGCCCCCCCCCAGGGGACCAGUGGAGGCCCCCGCCCAGCCGCUCCGCCUGGACGUGCCCCCCGAGACCGACUGGCGCCGAGAAGCCGACUACAGGACUCUCGGCUCCUCCUGGGACCCCCGCGCCGCCAGCCACCACCACCUCCAGCACCACCACCUCCAGCACCACCAGCCCCUCCAGCACCACCAGCCCCCCCACCACCACCAGCCCCUCCAGCGGAUCGGCUCCCACCAGCCCCCCCGGCCCCGUAGGGACCCCCAGCUCUGCUCGCUGUGCCAGCAGCUGCCUGCUGAGCCGCCGCGUCCCUACUGUCGCUCCUGCGGAGCGUAUGUGGCUCGGUUCCGCCCGGUCAGCUGAUGCGGUCAGCUGACUCCUGCAGACGCCACAGCACAGGAGUCCCGUUCCAAAUGUCUUGUAUCCAUCAAGAUGAAGAUUUAAAAUGUGCCAAUGUUUCUUUUGGGUCCAGUGCAGCCCAUAAUCCUGUCAUCACCGCGGUGGAUGUCUCACUUUAGAAUAAAGCUCGCUCUGGUUUCUCCUCGGUUUCCCACAGAGGAGCAGCCAUGAAACGGAUGGAUCUCUUUAUAUUCAAUCUGUGGACGUCUGCUGGAUUUAAGCACAUAUUAGCUAUUCUAUCAAGACAAAGCACAGCGAUGUACACAUGGACCAGGAGAAGAAGGCUGAUGAUGAGCAGAGCGAUCCUGGAGACAUAGCUGCUAAACAACUGUCUGUGGAAAAACACAUCAAUAAUCAAGUUAGUUAUUCCUCUGCUGGGUGUUAGAUUGAUCAUAUUCAUUUUGACUUAAUGGGAUAAAGAAAACCGUUGCGUAAUUAAACAUUUUAUGGUUUAAUUAAUCCAAACUAUUUUGAUAAUUGAUUAACAUUAUUUUCCAAGUUAAGACACUUUCUUCAUUCCAGGGUCUUAAAUGUGACAGUUUACUACUUUUAGUCUUAUGUGAUAAUAAAAUGUGUAUCUUUUGUUUAGUCCAACAAGCAGACUAAAAACACAUUAACAAACUCUUCAAGUGAUCACACUUCAGUCUCUUUUAUCACAUUGCUUUGCAUUUAUCAGAAUUAUUGUAAUACAAAAAAUCCUGCUGAAUGCUUCAGAACAAAUAAUUCUCAACAUUCAUUGUGACAAAGCAAAGUAUUAAUUGUUGGUUACAGUUUAUUCAGGCCUGCAAUUUGCAAAUAUUUCAUUUGUGAUGGAAAUCUUGUUUGUUUAGUCUAUGAAGACGAGGAAAGUGAAGCUGAAACGAGGGGAUUUCUGUUUAUAAAAAUAAGUGAUUAACAAAUCGCUGCCGCUUUAGUUUAGUGCUUGAUUUCAUUAAGUUGCAAAUAACCAACUAAUCCUUUCAGCUUUGGGGACUCGGUUGGAGACGAUUCAGUUGAAGAUUGAUGUUUUUGUGAUGUUCUGAUCUCCGAUGCAGCUGAACAGAGGUCCGGUUUUUAAAGUAAGGACAUCGAGGCACUAAAGGAAGUUGUUUGUGUCCCAGAAUAUAAAUCUACUUAUUACUCUAUUUAUUUUUGUAGGCUUGUGAGAGUUGUGCCUAGAUGAAACUAUUCUACCUGAAUAUACUCUAAUACUAUAGUCUAAUUUUCUAUAAGUAGUCAGUCGCCUUGUUUUGGGAUGUGGAGCCUUCUUAUAAUGUACACAAGGCUGUUAGUGAUCAUUAACUAAAGGUUUUAUUUUGACAGCUAAUAUUUAGCAUGACGUUUUAUUGUAGCCUUGAGAGACUUGGGUGUGCAUUUAAUGUCACGAGACUAUAUGCAGAUCUUUCUUAGCGCAGCAUCUCGACUGCAUUUAAACUCUUUAACGACUAUUUAGUGCACUUCAGAAGUGUUGAAGAUUUCUCUUGACGUGCUUGUUGCUGGUUUCUGUUGACUUCCUCCCGUUGUUAAGGGAGACGCUCUGCGUGACGUUUAUGGGCUUGUUUUUGUACUCUGAUGUCUUUGGAUUGGUUCAGUAGAUUAACGAAGGGACGCUAAUAUGUCCCACUGCCAGAAGCUCUCGCUCCAAACGAGCAAAACCUGGAGCUGCACGUUCAUUUUAAACCAUUUUCACCUGCCGUCUAUCUGCAGGUCACUCGAGAUAUCGGUCAUCAUCAUUUCAAAAUUGCAUAAAUAGUCCUGAUUUAUUCGCUCCAAAAUCUGUUGUUUGACUGACGGCGAGUAAAAAGGUUCAUUUGGUUAUUAGUGCAGACCAGUGCUGGGUUCAUAAUAGUCACUUUUUUUUCACCAUGGUAAAUGGGCUGUUUCUCUUUUUUGCUUUGCUAGAUUUUAUUUUGUCGAUUUUUGGUAUAUUUUUUAUGCUUAUUUUUCUACAUUGUAGACUUAACACAGAUGAUACGAUGAUUAAACUGUUAAACGCAAAA